GAUCCGGGCGGAGCAGACGCGGUUCCUCGACGCAGUAGAAGUACACUACGACUACCAGAACAACAUCAUCUCUUCACGACGCAAACAGCAGUGCGACGCCGUUCUUGGCUGGACGCCGGCCGUCAUUUUCCAUUGUCCCACGAUCGGCUCCCAAUUGUUGGCCUGACGCCCCGACUCCCGGCUCAGGCAUCCGCUCCGUCCAGCGUUCUCGGUCUUCAGAACGAGCGUGCACACAUUCACUUCACCCAGACCAGACCACCUCCCACACUCCCUCCCUGUUAUUGCUGCCGCCGAGGCCAGUGCAGCCAUGGCCUCGGCUUCCAUUCAUGUUCCUACACAUCCAAAGCCCUCUCACGAUAUCUCCAUGGCGAAUGGGCACACAGAUAAUGUCGAUGGAGACCUCUUGAAACCACCUGCCCAGCCACGCCGAAGCGAGAGCGAAAUUUCCGACACGAAUGACUUUCCCACCGCCAUGGACUCACCCGACGCCGCGAACGAGGGCAUGUUCUCCGAUGAUGAUGCUGUGCACGAUAUGGCUACUUCAGAACUCGAUGAAGAUGAGGACGCGCCUGGGGAAGAAGACGCAGAUUUUGACAUGGAGAGUCCUCGGCCCAGGCAAGACGACGCGCAUGCACACGACAGAUCAUCGUCCGAACCCUCUUCGAGACCUGGGAAACGAAAAGCGGAUGUGGACGACGAGGAAUACAUGAAACAGAAUCCCGAGCUCUAUGGGCUUCGACGCAGCGGCCGAGCUCGACCAGCUAGACGUGUGGUCGACAGCUCUGAUGAGGAAGAGGAUGACGACGAUGAAGAUGCCGUCAACACCGGCAGCCGGCGGAAACGCCAAAAGACCGCCCCCGCCAGACCAGCUUCCAUUCGGGAAUCAUCGCGUGCCGCUACAUCAGACGUCUCAGACUCAGAUCAGGACACCUAUGGCGGUCAGCGCGGCCGCACGUUUGCGAAAAAGCACAGGCAAAAGAUGCAGGACAUCGCCUCUGGCUCAGGUACACCUAACCUGGGCGAGGUGCGCUUCUCGUCACGUCGCGCAGCAAAAGUCACAACCUACAACGAGGACGAGAAUUUCGAUGAGUUCGAAGAGGAUGAUACGGAGAACUUGACGCCGAACUACUGGACUUACGCAGAAGAGGAUAACACGCCGGCGAUCGAUGCCAUCCUCAAUCAUCGUGUGAUAGAGGGAGUUGAGACUGAGCUUCCUGACAAGCAUGACUACGAAUUCUACAUCAAAUGGCAAGGCAAAGCACAUUACCAUGCAACGUGGCAUACAUGGAAAGAGCUCGCCGAAUCUGGCUACAAAGGCUUCCGUCGACUAGAGAACUAUUUCCGCAAGAUUGUCAAGAUCGAACAGCAGGUCAAGACCGAUCCCGAUGUCGCCGCCGAAGACAAGGAGCGAUGGAACCUCGACCGCGAAUCAUACCUGGACUCUCUUAAUGACUACGUGCAAGUUGAGCGCGUAAUCGGUUCAAGAGACGGUGACGAUGGCGUCGAAUACUUCGUCAAGUGGAAGAGCUUGUUCUACGAUGCAUGCACAUGGGAGACUGCCGAACUGAUCAGCAGCAUAGCGCAGACGGAGAUUGAUCGGUACCUCGAUCGCUCUGCUAAGCUCCCAGUGUCGGACAAGUCCGAGCAAAGCCUCAGCACCCGCUCGCCGUACAAACCAUUCCGAGUGCAGCCCUCCUACAUCAAGGGUGGCGAGCUGCGAGAGUUCCAGAUACAUGGCCUGAACUUCUUGGCUCAUCACUGGUGCAGAGGCAACAACGUCAUUCUGGCAGAUGAGAUGGGUCUCGGCAAGACCGUGCAGACGGUAUCGUUCAUGAACUGGCUUCGACACGAUCGGCGUCAGCAAGGACCAUUCAUUGUGGUUGUGCCUCUGUCGACUAUGCCAGCUUGGGCAGACACUUUCAACAACUGGACGCCUGACUUGAACUACGUCGUCUACAACGGCAAUGAAGCUGCUCGAAAGAUCAUCCGCGAGUACGAACUUCUCGUUGAUGGCAACCCGAAGAAGGUCAAGUUCAAUGUGCUUCUCACCACAUACGAGUACAUUCUCGCAGACGCUUCUUUCCUCUCACAGCUGAAGUGGCAGUUCAUGGCAGUCGACGAAGCUCAUCGCCUCAAGAACCGCGAAUCUCAGCUAUACGCCAAGUUGAUGGACUUUGGAGCUGCCAGCAGGUUGCUGAUCACGGGUACGCCUAUGCAAAAUACUCUGGGCGAGCUUUCUGCGCUCAUGGAUUUCCUCAUGCCUGGCAAAGUACAAGUCGACGAGAACAUCGACCUGAUGUCAGAAGACGCCAGCAAGAAGCUCGCCGAACUGACUGAUGCUAUCUCACCCUACAUGAUUCGGAGAACGAAGCAGAAGGUCGAGAACGAUUUGCCGCCAAAGACCGAAAAGAUCAUCCGUGUUGAGUUGUCUGAUGUUCAGCUCGAGUACUACAAGAACAUUCUUACUCGCAACUACGCCGCCCUGAACGCCGGGCCCAAGGCACAGAAGACGUCGCUGCUGAAUAUCAUGAUGGAGCUGAAAAAAGCCUCGAAUCACCCCUUCAUGUUCCCGAACGCAGAAGAACGGAUACUUGCAGGCAGCGACUCCCGCGAGGACCAGCUCAAAGCUCUCAUCACAUCCAGCGGCAAGAUGAUGCUGCUAGAUCAGCUGCUCACCAAGAUGAAAAAGGAUGGCCAUCGAGUGCUUAUCUUCAGUCAAAUGGUCAAGAUGCUUGACUUGCUCGGUGACUACCUCCAGCUUCGAGGAUAUCAGUUCCAACGACUGGACGGCACUAUCGCAGCGGGUCCACGUCGCAUGGCAAUCGACCACUUCAACGCCCCGGACAGCCAAGAUUUCUGCUUUCUGCUGUCUACUCGAGCUGGUGGUCUCGGUAUCAAUCUGAUGACCGCUGACACAGUCAUUCUGUUUGACUCCGACUGGAACCCACAAGCAGAUUUGCAAGCUAUGGCUCGUGCACACCGUAUCGGCCAGAAGAAGCCAGUCACCAUCUAUCGAUUUGUGUCCAAGGACACCGUCGAGGAGGAAGUCCUUGAGCGUGCUCGCAACAAGCUGAUGUUGGAGUUCAUCACCAUUCAACGUGGUGUCACCGACAAAGAUGCACGGGAUCUUGGCGAUCGCAUGCAACGCAUUGGUGCAAGCACUGCUGAGCCCACAUCUUCUGACGACAUCUCCAACAUCCUCAAAAAGCGAGGACAGAAGAUGUUCGAGCAAUCUGGCAACCAAAAGAAGCUGGAGGAGCUUGAUAUCGAUGCCGUCCUUGAAAAUGCCGAGGAGCACCAAACUGAACAACCUCAAGGCAUGACCACAGAUGGUGGAGAAGAAUUCCUGCGCAGCUUUGAGUACACCGACGUCAAGAUCGAUCUGGAAUGGGACGACAUCAUUCCCAAGGCCGAGCUGGACAAACUCAAGGAAGAAGAGCGGAAGAAGCAGGAAGCUGAGUACCUUGAGUCUGUCAUUGAGCAGAAUCAGCCGAGAAAACGCAAGUCUGCGAUGGAAGAUGGUCGUGACCAACGUGCGGCAAAGAAGCGAGCUCGCGAGGCCAACAUGCAGCACAUCGACGACGAAGGUUCCGGUCCCGACGAUGACUCCGACAAUGGCCUGGAUCCGAAACGUGCACUAGGUGAGAAAGAGUGUCGUCACCUCAUUCGCGCUUACGAACGCUAUGGCGCGAUGGACGAGAAGCAGGACGAAAUCAUCAAGGCAGCACGGCUACUAGGACGCGACGUCAAUGUGGUUCGGGAUACUCUUAAAGAAGUAAUUGACACCGCAAUCCGACUGCAACAGGAAGAAGUCGAUCGCCAGAAUGAGAUCGAGAGGACGACUGGCAAACCUGUCACUAAGAAAGAAAAGAAGGCAGUGCUUUUCGACUUCCGCGGGGUCAAGCGACUCAACGCCGAAACGCUCACAGAACGCCCAGAAGAGAUGCGCAUGAUUCGCACCUGCGUUGAGCAGUGCGCUGACUGGCGAAAUUUCCGCGUGCCCGAAGCUUCAAAGCCCGCCACGUACACCAGCGAAUGGGGUGCGAAAGAAGAUGGCAUGCUUUGUGUCGGUAUUGCCCGCCAUGGCUAUGGAGCCUGGGUUCCCAUUCGCGAUGACACCGAGUUGGGCUUGGGCGAAAAGUUCUUCCUCGAGGAACAUCGCGUCGGAGCCAAGGAAGAGCGCAGCAAGGCCGGCGACGAGAAGACAAUUGCCAAAUCUCCCGGUGCGGUGCAUCUCGUCCGUCGGGCCAACUACUUGCUCAGCGUGCUCAAAGACAAGAUGAGCAAUGGGACAAACCAGGCCGCUAAGAAAGCCCUCGAGAAUCACCAUCGCAACAAUAGGAAGCAUCUUGGUCAGUUCCAUGGCCGGAUGAACACACCUGGACAGUCUGGAAGUCCUGGCCCCAUGCGUAACAAGCAUUCAAGCGAUGGGCGAAGACUCCACCAAUCUGAUAUUCGUAACAGCAUGGAUCGGCGUACACCGUAUGCCGGUUCGCCGAAUGGCCAUCGUCCACGCGGUUCUGAGGGUCGACGACCUGGCCAUCAUCGCAACGGCAGCUCCCAUGCAAAUGGCGUGCCCAAGCCAUUGACCGAAUCAGAACAAAAGGCGCGUCGUAUCCUUGAUGCUGUGAGCCCGACGCUUCUGAAGGUCUCCGGCGCCACGAAGAAACGCAUGCCCGACGACGAGGCUCGACUCAAGCUUAUCAAGGCAGGCAUCGUCGCCAUUGGCAAUCAUAUCAAUGCCCAGAUCCCACAAUAUGGCAAAGACAUUGUUGAUCCACUGUGGGACUAUGUGAGUGAGCAUCACUGGCCACAGUCCAAAGCAGUGGAGAAACGUGUCCCUGGAAACAAGCUGCGUGACAUGUACACGAAACUCGCAGGCAAGGACACUGCGACCAAGAACAAUCCCGUCAAGCCCAAGCCUUCUGCUAGUACCAAUGGCACCUCGAAGGCGGAGGAGCCAAAGGCAGAGCAAAAGGUCGAGCCAAAGGCGGAAUCAAAAGCGGAAGCCAAGGCAGAGUCCAAGGAAGAGCCGAAGGUCAACAACAAGGCCGAGGAGGACGAAAAGCCUCAAACGGAAGGCAAGGUGGAAAAAGAGCCUUCGUCCAAGGCAGAGAGCGGCAAGCCGGAAUCGGACCACGAGCCCAAGGCUGACGCUCCCGCCUCGGAGCCGAAGCAAGAAACUGCUGCUGUCGAGGACUAGGAGCCGUGCGUUUCGAAUUUUGUGCAGCUCGAUCAACUGGAGGAUUACAGCAUUGCUACCCAUGACGGUUACUGGACACAAUGUCUCAGAAAGGCGUACAGAAAGCGAUAAAGUGCAAGAAAUUAUUACUGCGGGUUCAUGCAUACACAGAGAUAGCUUUCGCAGCUCUGUACGGGAAAAGCGUUGGCGCUGGCGGAUGUGUUAUUCUAUUAUAUUGACAUUCGAGUUGCAUGCACAGUCAGACGACGCCGGCGACGCGUCCGUCUCUGUAUGGAGUUUGUGAUUCGGCACUCGCUGUAAUGAGCGAGCAAAAGCCUUGAGAGCUGAAGAGAGCAUAAAUGUACGAAACGCUCCGUACAGAUGUACUUGUACUAGAUACUAUGCAGAGUGCCAUUAGAGGCUGUGCUGCAAACGACACUGAAAAUAUCUUGAACAUGUUGC